GAGGGAUUCAGUGGACAAUAUUGUGAAAAUAAAACUAGUACAUCACUAUGUGAACCUAAUUUAUGUGAAAACAAUUCAACAUGUCAGGAAAAUGAGAAUGAUUUUGAAUGCGAAUGUAGUGAAGGAUUCGAUGGUAAAUUAUGUGAGCUUAGAAUUUCACCUUGUGAAUCAAGUCCAUGUGUUGGAAAGGCAAAGUGUGUGGAAACAAUUGACUCUAUUGGUCACACAUGUGUGUGCCCUAGUGACCAUUAUGGAAAUGACUGCACAUUCUGUAAACCCAAAGAUGAUUGCGAGGGACAUUUUACAUGCAAUGUAGAUAAUGGUGAAAAAGUUUGUAUUGAGAAUUGGAAUGGAGGAAACUGCAACGUAUGGAUUGGUGAUCCAUAUACCUGCCUAGAUCCAGUAAACAUUUCACAUGAUCUUGGAGGAUUCUGGAAUGGUAACAUGGUUUGUGACAAGGAUGGGAC